AUGUAAUAGCGGGAAGAAUAAUUUACGUUGUACACAUUACUGAAUGUGGCACCGAAAGCAACUCAAAAUGAAAUAAAAAAGUCUUAUCGAUAAUUGGCAUUGUAAUUACAUCCAGAUAAGAAUCAAGCAGAUGUAAAUGCAAAAGAAAAGUUUUAAAAAAUAUCCGAAGCUUAUUAGAUUCUUUCGAAUGAGGAGAAAAGAAAAAUGUAUGAUGAAACAGGGAUGAUUGAGGGGAUGGAUGAAUUUAAAAAUGCAUAUGAGUUCUAUCGUAACCUUUAUCCGAAGAUCAGCAGAGAGGAUAUUGAUAAAUAUGAGGUCAAGUAUAGGUUUAGUAAGGAGGAGGAGAACGACUUGAUUGAAUUCUAUAAUAAGUAAGAUGGGAAUGUGAAAUGUUUGCUCGAGAAUAUAAUAUUGAGUAAGAAUGAGGACAUCCCUCGUUUUUUAGAGUUUUAUGACGAGAUGAUAAAGCAAAAGAAGAUAGCGGAUUACAAAAUAUACUAGACCAGCCGAAACAAGAUCAAGACUUUGAGAGAAGACCCUGAGGCAUAAUAGAUUGAUAUGGACUAAUUGACUAAAUAGAUUAGACAAAGACCGAAGAAUACAUUUGAUUAGCUGUUAUAAUAGAUGGAGUAGAAAUAUCAGAAGCCAAAGAAGGUGAAGAGUUAAAAAAAAUGA